CCGCCGGCUGCUAUUUCUGCUAAUCCCGGCGGCGGGGCCCGGCCGUGCCGCUCGGCAGCCGCCGCUCCCGGACGGCGCCCGGCGCCGCAGCCAUGAUAAAGCGUUUCCUGAAGGAGGACUCAGAGGAGGCUGAGCUGACCCAGCUCCUGCGGGAUUGCCCACCGGCCGACAGCGCCAGGAAAGUGGAGCCACCAGAGAGCCGACGGGAGCCUGGCCACCCCCUCUGCGGCGUGGGCAGGGUCCCCCCCAAUGAACCCACCGACGAGAGGGAUGCCAGGAUCUUCUCCCGGUCUCGGCCCCUGGAUUUCCAGCAGCACAUCGCUGCCCCCCCACCCCCCAGCCCCAACCGCCCACGGAGCCCCUGGGGGCAGCUGGACCCCUACGACUCCUCCGAGGAUGACAAGGAGUACGUGGGCUUUGCCACGCUGCCCAACCAGGUCCAUCGGAAGUCGGUGAAGAAGGGCUUCGACUUCACCCUCAUGGUUGCAGGGGAAUCCGGGCUGGGCAAGUCCACCCUGGUCAACAGCCUCUUCCUGACGGAUAUGUACAGAGACCGCAAGCUGCUGAACGCCGAAGAGCGCAUCACACAGACGGUGGAGAUCACCAAGCACGUGGUAGACAUCGAGGAGAAGGGUGUCAAGCUGCGCCUGACCAUUGUGGAUACGCCGGGCUUUGGCGAUGCCGUCAACAACACUGAGUGCUGGAAGCCGGUGGCCGACUACAUUGACCAGCAGUUCGAGCAGUAUUUCCGUGACGAAAGUGGCCUCAACCGGAAAAACAUCCAGGACAACCGCGUCCACUGCUGCAUCUACUUCAUCUCGCCCUUUGGCCAUGGGCUCCGGCCCCUGGACGUGGAGUUCAUGAGAGCCCUGCACCAGAGGGUGAACAUUGUGCCUGUUCUGGCCAAGGCUGACACUCUGACCCCCACCGAGGUGGAGCGCAUGAAGAACAAGAUCCGGGAGGAGAUCGACCACUACGGCAUCCGUAUCUACCAGUUCCCUGAGUGCGACUCGGAUGAGGAUGAGGAGUUCAAGCUCCAGGACCAGGCGCUGAAGGAGAGCAUCCCCUUUGCCGUCAUCGGUAGCAACACGGUCGUGGAGGCCAAAGGCCGGCGUGUCCGCGGGCGCCUCUACCCCUGGGGCAUCGUGGAAGUGGAGAACCCAUCCCACUGCGACUUUGUGAAGCUGCGGACGAUGCUGGUGAGGACCCACAUGCAGGACCUCAAGGACGUGACACGGGAAACCCACUAUGAGAACUACCGCACGCAGUGCAUCCAGAGCAUGACCCGCAUGGUGGUGAAGGAGAGGAACCGCAACAAGCUGACACGGGAGAGCGGGACAGAUUUCCCCAUCCCCGUCAUCCCCCCGGUGCCAGAUGCGGAGACGGAGAAGCUCAUCCGGGAGAAGGACGAGGAGCUGCGGCGGAUGCAGGAGAUGCUCCAGAAGAUCCAGAAGCAGAUGAAGGACUCGCACUAGCCUCCUCUUCCUCCUCCUCCACCUCCUCCUCCUCACCCCCCCCAGAUCAGAAAUGUUUACAUCACGUUCCAUCCUGUCCCGGCCCCACUGCGACACUCAGUACCAACACCGCACCCGCCACCUUAAGCUGCUGCGGUAUCGCCUUAUCCGACGGGCCAGCGCCGUCCCACCGGGACAGCGAGGGGAGGGGGGCACCCGGCCCUGGGGUCCCCUGCACCCUGUCCUGGCCGGAUGCCUCCGCAGCCUUGCCUGGGCUGGGGACAGUGUCGUCCCCCGAGCUUUGGCUUUCUGUAUUUCCCCCGCAGCUCUGGGGAGGGCCACCGGCCAGCCCGUUCCCCUUGUCCCCAUGUCACCUUCGGCUGCCUGCUUACGGCCUUUCUGCUCAGCUCAGCCCUGGCUGAAGGGAAGAGGAAAGGGGGGGCUGGUCCCAGCCUCCCCAACGCCCAGCUGCCCUGCUGUGGGGGAUGGGGUUGCUCCCCCUGCCCCCCCCCCGACAGCAGCUCCUGGGGCCCACAGCUGAGUGAGGGGAUGGAGGGGUGGCCGGUGUCACCUCCGUGCCAGCACCGGUGCCCGGAGGGGCUGCAGCUGGGUGACGUCCAGCCCUGUGCCCAUGGCAGGGUCCCCGUCCCACAGAGCCUUGUGGAGAGCUGCGGCACGAGGAGCGGUGGGGAAUGACAGUCCCUGCAGAAAGUCCCUUGAACCCCAAAUCAGAGUCCGGGUCCCUGGCCUGCCCCCCCCUUGCUGUUGGCCCUGUAAAGCAAUAACGACCAUCCCGUGCCCGCGGCGCUUCCCCACCCGCAGCAACAGCAUUGUCCCUUGCUGGCGUUUCGGCCCCUGGUGCCGUUUGCUUGUCUGUGGUGUCCCUGUGCGUCUCCCCCAAGGUCCUGUCCCUGCUGCUUCCUGGCACAGCAUCACAGUGUGUCCCUCUGUGUCCCCCCGGGAUGUCCCCAUCCAUGCUGCUUCCCAGCAAAGCAGUGCUGCGUGUCCCCCAUCCCCCCAGGAUGUCCCAAUCUGUGUGGCUGCCCCGUGGAGCACUGUGUCGUGUGUCCCCCCAGGCUGUGCCCGUGCCUGUUGCUUUCCCGCAGCGUACUGUGUCGUGUCCCUGUGUGCCCCCAGGAGGUCCCCAUCUGUGUUGCUGCCCCGCAGAGCAGCGCUGUGUGUGCCCGGGGCGAGCCCUGCCCUGCGCCUCCCGGCCAGCGGCACCCCUGGGGAGAUGGACCCGAACACCCCCAGCUCCCUGCUCCCCCCUGGGUAUGGGGAAAGACGAAAGGGGACGGCGAGGCUGCAGGGUGGAGGCAGAACUGGGAGCAGUGGGAUCACUGGGAGCUCACUGGCACGGGGACGUGUCCCCUCCCUGCAGGGCCACUCGUGCCGGCGUCUCCCGGGUGGGUUCACCCCUGGGUGAGAGGUUUGCACCCGGGCAGCUUGGCUGAGAGGGGCUGCAUGCGGCCGAGGUGCGGGGUGGGUGCUGCGGGGUGCUGGGGCAGCGUCCGGCACGUGCCACCCGUGUCCCCGCACCAGCUGGAGGGUCCCUUGGCCCCCGCGGGCAGGGACCCCGUGGGCAGGGCCCCGCAGGGUGUAUUAGCGCUUUCCUUUUUUUAAUCUUGCUAUUUUCUUACAGAAGUACCUACCUUCGCAUGAUGGUCAUAGAGGCAUUUAUUAAAGGAUAAGCAGAGUCUAGGUUUAUAAAUUCUUAUAGAGCUAGUGGAAAUCUUUUUAUCCCUCCACAACCGUUCUCAAUAAAUACGGCUGACCCGG